AUGCGUUACUUCAGAUAUGACGUAGAAUUCGUAUUUAAGAAAGGAGUUAACCUUGUGAUAGCGGAUACGCUAAGCAGAGCUUUUCUCAUGACUACAGAAGGAAGUGUGGAUGAGCGUCACAGGAUUCUAUCUGUUUCAACAUUAAUGGAUAAUGACAUACCAGAUAUCAGGAUCCAAGAAAUUCGCGAUAUAACAGCUAAAGAUGCAGAAAUGCAAACAUUGGUCAACACCAUAGCUAAUGGAUGGCCUGAAAACAAACAAGAUCUACCAACAAGUGUGCGUCAUUAUUUCGAUUUUCGUGACACUCUAAGCAUUGAAGAUGGACUCAUUUUGAAAGGUGAAGCAGUCGUCAUUCCGAAGACACUUAGAUCAGAUAUGAAGAUUCGAUUACAUAAAGCACACCUAGGAUAUGACAGUAUGAUUAGGAGAGCUCGUGGUGUGAUAUUCUGGCCUGGGAUGAAAUCCGAUAUAAAACAGAUUGCGGAUUAUUGUGGGAUUUGUCAGGAAAGAAAACCCAGAAAUUGUAAGGAACUUUUAAUUCAGCAUUCAACAUGUGAAUUUCCCUGGCAGAAAAUUGGACUAGAUUUAUUUGAGAUACAAGGAAAACACUACAUGGUUUCAGUAGACUAUUUUUCCAAUUUUAUUGAGGUAGAUUACCUUCCAACAACAACAAGCACAAGAGUGAUUUCGUUGCUUAAGAAACAGUUCUCCAGAUUUGGCAUACCAAACGUUAUAAUUUCGGAUGGUGGACCACAAUUUAGAUGUCAAGAGUUUCAGGAUUUUGUGAAGACCUGGAAGAUCGACCACAAAUUCUCAUCUCCGAUGCAUCAGCAAGCAAACGGAAAGGCUGAAUCGGCAGUGAAGAUCAUCAAAACACUGAUGAUAAAAACACAGGAGGAUGGGACAGACCCGUAUGAAGCGUUACUUGAACAACGUUGUACCCCAAGACAGGAUACUGGUCUAAGCCCAGCACAGAUGAUGUUCAACAGAGAGAUACGUGCUACACUCCCAAUGAGAUCUCGAGUGAGCAAUGAUUUUGGAAUAGCAAAAUCCAAACACAGAUCCAGACAGAUUUCCGUGAAGAAAUCGCAUGACAAAAAUGCACGAAACUUACCUGAAGUCGAUAUUGGACAGUCCGUUUAUUUCCAACACCGGGAAGGACAAAACUGGAAGCUUGGGAAAGUGAUCCAAAUACUUGGACAGAGAACAUACGUUAUUGCAGACCAACAAGGAGUCGAAUAUCGAAGGAACCGAAUUCAUUUUAGACCAACUAAAAUACAGACCCAUAUUCGUGAACAAUCUCCAGUUCGUGAAGAACCAAUCAACAAACGUGAACUCUGUGAAUUUCCAAAACCAGUUAGUGAACCAACAAGCGAGUGUAUGUCCAGCAAACGGAUACCGGUAGUUGCAGGCUCGAAUGAACAACAUAGCGUUCCAAACUCGAUUUCAGAAACUGUCGUCAGCAAGCCUUCUUACAAGGAUAUUAUACCAGAUACUCGUGCAAUGCCAAUAUCGCGUGAACCGUCGACAAGGAUUCGUAGGAAACCAGCAUACUUGAAAGACUAUGUACAAAAUUGA